UGCCGCCAUUAUUAGGCAAUUUAGCUUGGUGUUAGUGCGUGAUGAGCAGUGGUGUCCAGCGGGUGAAAUGAAGCCUAGCCACAUCCAGAAAAAAAAAGAAAAAAAAAAGAAAAAGAAAAACAGAACUUUGAAGUGUUUUAUAGAGGUCACUCUCACGCGGAAACACACACGAUGACACCAACAAGCAGGUAGAUAGAUUGAUCUUCGUCUUCUUCUUCUUCAAAGAUCUUUCAGUCACAAAUAUCCUCUUCUCAUCUGCUUCUCUAAUCGUUUCUUGAACAAACUGACCUUUUUUUUUUUUAUCCUAAAAUUAAAAGAAAUCCAGUCUUAUUCGUUUUCUUCAUCUUUUGAUGGUUUUCCAUGAACAACAACAACUUAACUUGGAGCUCAUGUGCUUUGUUUUGUUAAUUAUGGCUUGAAGCUCCAUCUGGUUUUGUCUCAUCACCUCUACUCUCAUCAAAUUGCAUGCUUUUUGUUUCUCUUAUCUUUUUCCAGUACUUGACAUCUUCAUCAGCUCAUAAAUUCCCACAAACCAUUUAUCGUAUUCAUACAUAGAAAUCAUAAAAAACUCAGUCUCCUUGCAAAACUUGAAGACUACUCGGUCUCUCAUCAAAUCAAAGACCUUAAAUUUCAAGUCUUUUUCGUUGCCAAAUAAAGCCAGAUAAUCUCUUCAAAUCCCACAUAAUUAUCCUCGGAAAAAUCAUCUUCUCUUGUUCGUGUUUCAUGUUAGAAACUAGCUAGGUAGACCAAAUCCACCUCCAAUUUACAAAUCCUCAGAAACACGUCUCUCUUUAUCAUUCAAUACAGUCUCAGAAACAGAGAACAUCAAGAAAUGCAAGAUCCAUCGACAGCAUUCCAAACAAUAAAGCCUCAGUUUCCAGAGCAAGAGCAACUCAAGUGCCCCCGCUGUGAUUCCAACAACACCAAGUUCUGCUACUACAACAACUACAACCUCUCUCAGCCCCGUCAUUUCUGCAAGAACUGCAAGAGAUACUGGACCAAAGGUGGCGCUUUGAGAAACAUCCCAGUCGGUGGCGGUAGCCGCAAGAACACCAAACGUUCCUCAAACACCAAACGCGCCAAUCCCGACCCCAAUCCCGACCCCGUUAAGCCAACCCGCCGGGUUGCGGACUCCUCCUCCUCCUCAGCGACCUCCUCAACAUCGGGACAGCAGCUGGCGGGUAAUGGGAAUCAGGAUCCGACCCGCGUAUAUGGGGUGGAGGCGGAUCCGGACAGGAAGAUACUGGAUAUGGGAGGGAGCUUCAGCUCGUUGUUGGCAUCAAGCGGGCAGUUUGGGAGUAUUUUUGAAGGGCUGGAUUCAGGUGGGUCGGGCUUGAAAAUGGUGCGGAUGGGUGGGUUUGGGGAGGAUUUGAAUGCGGGUCCAAGUAGAGACCCGGGUUUGGAUUUGCAAGGGAGCAGUAACAAUCACGCUACUAAUGAUGGUGGUGGCGAGAGUUACUUGCAAAGUGGGGAGUGGGGAAAUAGUAAUAAUGGGUGGCCUGGUCUUGCUAUUUACACUCCAGGUUCUAGCUUCCAUUAGUGCUUUUUUCUGUUUAUUUUUUUCCCCUAUAUAUAUAUUUGAUUAUGGUGUCUUUAUUGUGAUACGUUGUCGAAUUUUCUUGAAUGUGGUGGCCUAGAUAGUGCAGAAGGAUUUGACACAUGGUUGCUUGUGAGAGAGACGAUUUUGAUGGAAUGGGAGAAAGAUAUGGGAGAUCCAAAGUCCACGAUUCCAGUUAUAUCUUUGCGAGUUUUGUCUUACCAUGGCUAAACAAGGGUCAAACCUAUUCCUUUUUUAGAUAUCAUUUCUUAUUAUAAUGUU